AUGGAUAAGCAAGAUUUUGAAUCGGACGAAACGAGUUUAUUAAAUCGUGAUUAUAAAAAAAAACAAUCAAACAUUAAUAAAAAAUAUUCUACUAUCGAUGUAUUUGCGAACGUAGAUAAAUCACAUUUACACACCGAUAUACAUAUUAUAUCAUUGGAAGAAUUAUACAAGCGUUUUCAGACAAAUCCUGAAUAUGGCUUGUCAAGUGAGCAAGCUAAUGAGUUGAAAAAAACAUAUGGUCCGAACAUUAUUACACCACCUCCUUCGCCGAAUUAUUUUAAAUUAGUUCUGCGACAAGCAUUUAAGGGUUUCAAUACACUUUUGUGGAUAGCAGCACUAUUUGCGAUUCUGGCAUGGAAACCUUUUGGAUUACCAAAUCCAGAUAUAGCAAAUCUGGCAACAGGUAUACUCCUCGGUCUCGUUAUACUUUUAAAUGCAGCAUUGAAUUGUUAUCAAGAAGUGAAAUCAAUUAAAAUUGUGGCAUCUUAUUCAAAACUAAUACCUCAAAUCGCGACCGUGAAACGUAAUGCGACGGAACAACAAAUACUUUCGAAUGAUGUUGUGCCGGGAGAUAUUGUACUUCUUAGAAGUGGUGCUAAAAUUCCCGGUGAUUGUCGAAUUAUAUCAUCAGAUGGAUUGAAAGUGAAUAAUAGUGACUUGACGGGAGAAUCAAAACCAGUCAGUUGUACCGUCCAAUGUACAAGUGAAAACUUUAUGGAAACAACGAAUAUUUGUUAUUACUCUUCUACAAUUGUACAAGGCAACGGUAUAGGGCUCAUUAUUUGCACAGGCGAUAAUACGGUAUUAGGAGAAAUGAGUCAAUUAACUCGCGAAACGGGUGCAGACGAAAUGACAGGACUACAUCGUGAAGUAAAUCGUUUCUUAUUAUUUGUUGUUUCUGCGGCAGUUAUAACAAUUAUCUUGAUUUGGAUAUCAUGGGCUUUAUGGUUAAAUGUGUAUCAUAAAGGAUUUCGAUCGGCAAAUGAUAUUCUUAUCAAUAGUGUUGAACUUACUGUUGCAUAUCUACCUUUGGGACUACCAGCUGCUAUCACAUUAGCCUUAACAAUUGUUGCGACACUCAUGUACAAUCAACACGUAUUAGUUAAAGGUUUGCAAAUAGUUGAAAUGUUUAAUUCCGUGUCAGUGAUAGCAACGGAUAAAACUGGAACAUUGACACAAAAUAAAAUGACAGUAACACAUGUGUUGUGGGAUAUAAAUGUACCUGACACUGACCAUGUUCUCACCAAAGAGGCAACUGUAGAGGGUACUCUUCGUCGUUUAUCCACAAUAGUGAUCGAUACGAUUCGUCGAAUUUCAAGCGGCACGAUUAACACCAUUAAACGUUUAUCAUCUGGUGAUCGUUCUUCGAAAUCAGAAAGACUCUUAGAGCCAACACCAGACGUCGAAUUACCACUAGAAAUAAGUGAGAUGAAAAUCAGGCCAUUUCAAGAUCUAUUAUUAGGAGCAGUUUUAUGUAAUAAUGCUGAAAAACAACUUGCAGCAGAAACUGAAUUGGAGGAUGAUUUAUCAAAAAUGAAAUCCAAAUUAAAAUUAGUUGGAGAUGCUGUGGAUACAGCUUUAUAUAACCUAUGUGCCGAUAAAUGUUUCAUUGAUGUAGAAAAGGUGAGACAGUUGAAUCCGCGAUUAAAAGUACUACCAUUUAAUUCAACAAAUAAAUUUCUGAUAACGGCCAAUCGGUUGGAAACAACGGGCACUAAUCGAUUCAAUGGUGAAAGAACAGUAUUAAUCACCCUGAAAGGCGCACCAGAUAUCGUUAUUAGUAAAUGCACAACAUAUAAAACAAGCAACAAAGAGAUUUUACCUUUAACACCCGAAAUUAGGCAAAUUCUUAUUGACAGACAGGAAAAGUUGGGAAAACAUGGUUAUCGCGUCAUUGCCAUGUGUCAUCAAAAACUACUUUUGAAGACUUAUGAUGAAAUGAUGUUAGUACACAAAGAGCACGAAACAGAGCAAGAGGAUAUGAAUGGGUUUCCAACAGGAGGGUACUGUUUCAUCGGCUUAUUUUCAUUGUUGGAUCCUCCACGGCCAGAAGUUCCAGACGCUGUUUCAAAAGCUCGGCAGGCUCAUAUUCGUGUUGCUAUGGUAACCGGUGAUCAUUCAACAACAGCACAAGCAAUUGCUAAACAAUGUAAUAUAUUGACACCAGAAAUAGCUGAUUUCAACGGUAUCGAUAGAUUUGAAUUAAAUGAUAAUAAUGCUGUAGAUUUAUAUCGAAAUGAUAAAGUGAUUUCUCAACACAAAUUAGAUGAAGUAAAAGUACUAGAUGCCAGUGUAGUAAAAUCAACAAUGAGAUUAUCAUUCAACGAUGAAGAAGUAGAAAAAUAUAACAUAUUAGAAAGGUUUUGGCGUGGUUUUCGAUCUUACUUUUCAGAUCCAAUGGAACGUCAACAACACGAAAAAAGACCUUAUAUUCCCUAUGCUAUAGUUGUUAAAGGGAGCGAGCUUUCAUUAAUGGAUGAUUUCAUGUGGGAGUGGACAUUAUCACAUCAAGAGAUAGUAUUUGCUCGAACAUCACCAGAACAAAAACUUCGAAUUGUCAUAGAAUUAGAAAAAUACGGAGAAAUCAUUGCUGUAACUGGUGAUGGAACCAAUGAUGGACCAGCAUUGAAACGAGCUCAUUUGGGAAUAGCGAUGCAAUCAGGCACUGAUGUAUCCAAAGAAGCAAGUGAUAUGAUAUUAAUGGAUAAUAAUUUUGCUUCAAUUACACAAGCAAUAGAAACGGGACGAUUAUUGAAUGACAAUUUGAAAAAAGUUGCUAUCUAUCUAUUGCCAGGAGGUACAUGGUCUCAAAUAUGGCCUGUUUUAUUUAGUAUCUGGUUAGGUAUCCCACUGGCACUAUCAGCUUUUCUAGCCACCGUGUUUUGUAUGCUGAAUGAUGUGUUUAUGUCAUUAGCAAUGGUUAAUGAAAAAGCAGAAAGUGAUAUUAUGUCAAGACCGCCGGCUGUGCGUCACAAAGAUCAUUUAUUGAAUGGAAGAUUAUUAUUUCAUGCCUAUGCUAUUGUUGGCACUAUCGAAUGUUUUGCAGGUUUCUUUUGUUACUUUUGGUAUUAUACAUCUAAUGGCAUUCCUUUGAGUUCAAUAUUCUUCACAUAUGAAAAGUUUGGACGAGAACCAUAUAUUGAUAAAACACCUGAAGAAUUGGCUAUGAUAAAUCGUAAAGGUCAAUGCAUAUAUUAUUGUUCAAUUUGUUUAAUGCAAUAUUUCAAUUAUUUUACAACUCGUACACGAUAUACAUCGUUCUUUAAACACAACCCAUUCUAUGGAAAAGCACGAAAUAGGACCGUCUUUGUCAGUAUGAUUUUAUCAGCGGGCGUACAAAUUCUUGUUACACAAGUUCAUUGGUUUAAUAGGAUUUUUCAUACAGCUCCGGUGCCCGUUAUAUACGUCCUACCUACACUUGGAUUUGGAUUUGCUUUGUUUUGUCUUGAUGAACUAAGAAAACUAUACGUUCGUAAAUAUCCGAAAUCUCCCAUAGCUGAAAUUGCUUGGUGA